AUUGGUUACAUAUAACGAGUGAGAUCUCAGCAAGGAGACGCCUCCAAUACAGUAAGCCGAUCAUACUCCUGCAUUGCAAUGUAAAAUGUGGAAUUUCCAUUGAUGCUACUACGUGUUAUCUUAAUGCUAGUACUUGCUCAAUGAAUACAGUUCAUGUGCAACAAAGACAUGGAGUUUUGUUUUGGAAAUUAAGUUUUUUGAUACCGCGAUAAACUAAGCUAAAUGCUGUUUUAGAUAUCUUAGUAAUACAAUAUUUCAUUGAACGAUUUGGUCAAGGUUAAUAUUGGAUGAAAUAAAGAAAUUAUUUCAGUUGCAUGUAGCAAUUACUUUGUAAGAAAAUUUACAAGAAUAAAUAAUAUAAUUAGCUUUAUGGUGGGACUUUAUAUUGGCAAUAACGGAUUCCUUAAUAUUUUAAUGCGAAUAGAUUUAGCAAAUACAUUGAUAUAUUGAUAAGUUUAUACGUUAGCUUCAAACGCCAAAGAUACAUUACUUCGAUGGAAUUAAUCUAUACGAUAGAAUGAACAAAUGAUGUUUUAAAAACGAGAAAUCAGUAGAGAAAAUAGAAAGGUUUUACUGACCUUUGUGGAUAUAUAAAUGCAACGAGUAAUUGUUUCGCUGUUAUGAAAAUGUUGAAAACGUCCUCUUAAGAUUUUAAGCAUUAAAUAAAUAAUGUGCUCAAAAGAAGGAGGAAAUUGUUUUGAGCAUGUUAACAUAUCAUUUAGGAAUUUUGGUUCUUGGAAUAUAACACCAGUAAGUACAAAUUUAACACCAGUGUCAGAUGAUGUGAAUGGCACAUUGAAAGAGAACUACGGACCAUUGUCGGAUGAUUCUGAAAUAGGAUUAAUUAUCCUUUUUACAUUAACGACAUUAUUUUCCAUUAUUGGCAAUGGGUUUGUUAUUCUCGUUUUUGCUCGUGGGCGACGCUCGAGAACGGAUCUACGGCCUUUUUUAAUUAAUCUGGCUAUUUGUGAUUUGAUCAUGGCAAUGUUUUGUAUGCCUUUUACAUUUAUUUACACUAUGAUGGAUACAUGGAUAUUUUCAAAACCGAUGUGUCCCAUUGUCUUAUUCGUUCAGUUGUUGUCUGUCUCAGGUAGUGUGUUCACAAAUAUGGCAAUUGGAAUUGACAGAUUCAUGGCUGUCAUGUUUCCCUUGCGAUCCCGUCUGACCAAAAAGAGAGCCAAAUAUGUGAUAAUUAUAAUAUGGGUCUGUAGUACUGCUCUAUCUUCUGUGCAAUUCAAAGUUGCUCGAGCCAAUGACUAUGGUGGUGGCAUAAUUGCUUGCCAGGAACAAUGGGACAAUAUGAAUGAUAGGAAAAUAUAUACAGUAUUCAUUUUUGUGAUAACCUAUUUAAUUCCAUUGCUUAUACUCUCCAUUACUUAUUCAAUUGUUGGAAUAUUGCUGUGGAAACGGAUAUCCCCUGGAAACCGGGACCAUGCUCGAGAUAUGCAUCAGCUUCGAUCGAAACGUAAGGUGGUGAAGAUGUUGAUAAUCGUAGUUGCGAUGUUUGGGGUUUGUUGGUUUCCUCUUCACCUGUUCAUGCUUCUUCUAGACUUCCAUCCAGAAAUACUCACAUCGGUAUCCAUGGAAACACUUACAACAUUAUUUAUUACUUUUCAUUGGUUGGCUAUGUCAAACAGUUUUGCCAAUCCGAUCAUCUACGGUUUUACAAAUGAAAGUUUUAGGGCGGACCUAGUCACUCUUUUCUACAUGUGGUUUCCCUGCUGCGUUUGCCUUACCCGGAUGUUACCGCGUCAUUCAAGUGGCUCUACCUACGAAACAGUGGUUUUUCGUCGCCAAAGUCUUUACAAACAAGGUGUUAAAAUUAAUGGAACGUACCACACAAGAACUAUUCAUUCACAAAGGGUGAAUAAACCCUACCUCAAUGGUAACAGAAGUAGACUGGACUAUGAAAAUUUAGGUGAAAUUGACAAAGAUAAAAACAGAAAGCUUACAAAUGGAUGCGGACAAAAAGUGAUUAUUGCAAUGGAUAGAGAUUACAUAAAAUUAGAACCUGUUAACAGGUCUUCAAGUAUUGCAUUAAUGUCAGAACAAAGGUCUGAUGACAGCUGAAAAUUAUACGGUAAACGUUUCUUCUUAUUUAUCAAAAGUCGGAUCGGGUUCGGCGGAAUAACUGUGGAUUAAAAACAUAACAUUAUAUCGGAAUUCGCAUUUUGGAAUGACUUGAAAAUUUGUUAUCUGCUCAACAUUCUUUAUCAAAUGCUUGUCUGAAUUUCUCUGAAUCUAACUUAAUGACAAUGUAAUGUGUACUAUAAGUACAGGUCAAGUACUUUAGUUAUGGAUUAGCACUACUUUUCAUGCUUCAAACGAUAACAUUUGAAAUAACAAAGAUUUUAUAUUUUGGAAUGCAUGUGCAUUUAGGAAAAAUUUAAUAUGGUGUAUGCAUUUAUAUAAAAUGCUGCAUUUCGACAGCCUCCUCUGCAAAAGUUUCAUUCAACUUGACGGCAGUAUUCACAGUUUAAUUAACUUAAAAUAACCCAAGAGUGGAAAUAGUAGUUUCUUCCGACUAUUCUUGAUUCUACUUAAGUAUCUUAGUGAGCAUAAAGUAAUACUGGAUUUUGUCAUAGAAUAAACAUGCUACUACCGCCACAGAAAACCUUUGAAAUGAUGAUACUUUAUGAUAUAUAUAUUUUUUAUUUUUUGAAUUUUUUAUUGGGAGGUUUUAGAACAACCCUGUUACAAACUCGAUGAGACAAGCAGUAACUUCCAUUAUGCUCUGGUCAUUCAAUAAAUGGCGCAGACAUUUCUAUAAACUCACAAACACUUGCGCCAUAUUUUACAUACUUUAUUUUCAAAUUUGUUGCAGUGACAUGCUUAUAAUAAGUAUAUGUAACGAUUAAACAAUUAAAGCAUGUCCUUCUACGUGCAAAAAGAAGGUCCGCAACAUAGUUUUAUUAGUGUUCGAAUAUAUUCCUCCCACAUACUCUCACGAAUCUAAUCUCAAUGGUAAACAAAGUCACAGUCUGUUUUUAUUGUUUUAUUAUUAUGCAGCCAGCACGAAUGUCUCAUUUCAAAUUACUUCAGUCAUUAUUUGUAUUAUCUGUGUAAUAUUUUAUGACAAUCAUUCCCACACGUUCUUGAAAGUCAAUCUGUCACAUCACACAAUAAAAGAUCCAUGGCCUCUAAAGAUUUUAUAAAGCAUGCUUCUGUAUCCCUUUUAAGUAGCGCAUUGAACAUAUGUAUUGUAGGUUAUCAGAUGUUUCGUCUCUAAUUAAACUGAUAAAUAUAAUGAAUUUCCCUUCGUAGAAAUGGCGUCCAUUGUUUUGUGUAUUAACAUCAAAUAACCUUUCUAUGUGAAAUGUAUCCAUUUGAAGCCUUAAAAGCAUUUACCAUGAAAGUACUUGCAUUAUUUAUUGAAUGACCGUUAUGAUAUAAAUACCUUGUCUUAUAACGAAGGAAUUUUAUUAUGGUGUACAUAUCAAACGAAGAAUAAAUAUUGCUUUUAUUGUAUUUAUGGCUAUUGGUAAACAAAUGUGAAAGUAUUAUUAUAUAAAUUUUUAAAAUGCUGACGACUGAUACAAAAUACAGUGCUUGAUCAAUA